UUGCGCGACAUGGCGAAAUAGGCUAACGUUAAGCUUAUAUAUUUCAAUUCUUGCGGCAUAAGGAUCGACUGCUCGACUACAGAAGGAGCGCAUUGCAGCGCUCAACCCCCCCCACCCCCCUGAUAUGCAUGUUCAUUGCCCCCACAUCGUCGUUGGUCACCGCCAUUCGAAAUUUCUUGAACGUUUAUAUCAUGGAGUGGUUUCGCUUUCAGACAGGCAACGCAGCCCCAAUUGAUCGAUCUCCUCCAUCCUUUCAAUGUGCUUCGAACAUUGACUAGUUAGCAUUGUAGCGUCAGUCUGGCGCUCUACUGGUAGUGGUAUCGUACAUAUGAAGCUUCAGCACUCAACCCAAUCCUGACGUCACCGCCGCAAGUCAUGUCAACACCAGAAGUGGAGAAGUGGAUAGCCAGAAUCAUCAUGGCAUCGCAAUGUUUGGCGGGGUGUCUGUUGACGGCACGAGGAAAUGCUUCAAUUUGCAUCCUUGUUUGAUUCGUGGGGGGUCCUAUGUGUUUAAUUCGUGGAGUCAAAUGGAUUUUCCAGGAUGAUUAUUAUUGAUACAAACAGCCACCUUUUAUGACGAAUACUAUUCCAUAAUUUUAUAUGGUUUGGACAGCACCCCCCAUGGCCUGAUUUGGUCAACAUCGCUUGCGGUGGAAAAGUGCAUCCAUCCUACGAGCAAACUCAAUCACAAUGGAGGAGGUGGACAACGGUCCGAUGCAGGAGAUCGAGGAAAAGGACGACGACCAACCUCAACACGGGCCUGCUGAACCUGUCUUAUCAUCCAUUCCAGAAGGAGGGCGAUGGCUGUCAUCCCUGGAGGGAGCCAUUCCCGCCAUCGUGAUCAUUCGACUCAUGUCAGUUCGGGCUUUUGACGGUGACGCCGCUUCCUUCUCCGUGGCGACUGGUUUUGUUGUGGACAAGAAGCGCGGACUCAUCUUGACCAACCGUCACGUGGUCACGCCCGGUCCUGUGGUUGCAGAUGCCAUCUUUGUCAACAAAGAAGAGGUCGACCUCGUCCCGAUCUAUCGCGACCCCGUGCACGAUUUUGGCUUCUACCGCUUCGAUCCUUCGCGCGUCAAGUUCCUCACACUGCACGAAAUCCCCAUCGAUCCCAGCGGGGCCAAAGUCGGAGUCGAAAUCCGAGUGGUGGGCAAUGACGCCGGCGAAAAGCUCUCGAUCCUUCCUGGCAUUCUCGCCAAACUGGAUCGGGAAGCCCCAAACUACGGCAGCAGCGGGUACAACGACUUCAAUACGUUCUACUACGCAGCGGCAUCGUCCACAAGCGGGGGAUCCAGUGGCUCGCCUGUGCUCAACAUUGAAGGCGCCGCCAUCGCACUCAACGCCGGCGGGGCCAAGCGGUCGGCGUCGUCCUACUACCUCCCGCUGGACCGCGCCGUUCGAGCUCUGCGGUGCAUCCAAAGCGGCCUGACCAUUCCCCGAGGCACGUGGCAGACAAUCUUCCGUCAUGCUGCGUACGACGAAGUGCGCAAACUGGGGCUCCCGGCGGACGUCGAGACCGAAUUCCGCACGCGAUUUCCCCUUGAAACGGGAUUGCUAACAGUGGAUCAAGUGCUGCCUCAAGGCCCGGGGUUCGGCCAACUGGAAGCGGGGGACGUACUCACGCACAUCCAAGGGACGCCCGAAACCACAUUUCUCGCGCUGGAGGACACGCUGGAUGCCAACGUUGGGAACGACAUCGUCGUCGACAUUCGACGGGGCGGAACCCCCGUGACCGUCCAAUUGCGUGUGCAAGAUUUGCAUGCGAUCACCCCGAGCCGGUUCCUUGAAGUCGGCGGGUGCAUCAUCCACUCGUUGUCGUACCAACAGGCGCGGAACGGAUCGUUGGCGGUGGGCGCCGUCUACCUCGCGCAAGCCGGCCACAUGCUCAUGAAGGCGCACGUGGCGCAGCCGUGUAUCAUCGUGUCCCUGGACAACAAACCCACGCCCAGCUUGGACGCAUUUAUCAGCACGAUCCAAGAGAUGCCCAAUGGCCACCGCACCGUCAUGCGGUACUUCCUCACGCGGGACCGCCACCGCGUCCGCAGCGCCGUGCUGACGAUCGACCGCCAGUGGUUCCCCAUGCAGCUGUACACGCGCAAUGAUUCGGAUGGGCUGUGGCACUGCCACGAGUACCCGCUGCCGCCGCUGGCCGACGUCCCCGCCAUCCCUGCAUUUCCGGCCGCGCCGCUCCGUGUGGCGGGUACAGGGACCGAAGUGGACAAGCACAUGCUGACGCGGCUGCUGUCGUCGCUGGUCAUGGUGGCAUUUGACAUCCCACACAUGAUUGACGGCAUCUCGAGCUCCAGCUACAACGGCGUGGGCAUCGUCAUCGACGCCGCUGCCGGCCUCGUGCUCGUGGAUCAAAACACGGUGCCCAUCGCCCUCGGAGAUGUCGUCGUGACGGUGGCGGCGUCGAUUGAAAUCUCGGCCAAGAUCCGGUUCGUGCACCCAAUCCACAACUUCGCCAUCAUCCAGUACAACCCGGCGCUGUUGGGGGACACGCACUUGGAGAGCGCGCGCCUGUCCAACGAAGUGCUCCACGUCGGCGAUCAAGCCGACUUUGUCGGGCUCACGAGCACGUGGACCGUCGUCGCGAUGAAGUCGCUCGUGACGAAAAUCGACCGCCUCGUACUGCGGGACUUUCAACCGCCUCGGUACAAAGCCAGCAACGUCGAGGUGCUGCACUUCGACCGCAUCACCAAGAGCGUCGGGGGGAUCUUUGUGGACGCCGCCGGCCUCGUCACGGCGCUGUGGCUGUCGUUCAGCUACCAGGACGAAAGCGGCCGCCGCGAGGUAUUUCGGGGCAUCGCGGCCGACGUUGUCCGGGAGGUCGUCGCCGCCUUCCAAGCCGGCCACAGCCCGCGCACCGUGGCCGUACUGCCCGUGCAGCUGUACGCGUACCCGCUGUCCAAGGCCCGAGCCGGCCUGGGUCUGUCGCCACACUGGAUCCGGACGCUCGAGCAAUGCUACGACGACAAGCGCCAAGUGCUAGCAAUCAAGCGGUGCGCGGCGGGUACGAACGCGUACGCGCAGUUGCAGAGCGGGGACCUGCUGCUAUCGAUCGAUGGCGUGGUCGUGGCCAAGGACUUUGACGUGGAGAAGCUGUGCUUUGGAAAGACCCAGGUGCGUGUGAUGGUGCUGCGGGAGCACCAAGAGCUGGCGCUGACAGUCGAAACGCUCGAGCUGUCGGGCACUGGCACGAGCCGCGUGAUUGUGUGGUGCGGCCUCGUGAUCCAGGAACCGCAUUACGCCGUCGUGAGUCUCGGGUACAUGCCCGAGGAAGGCGGGGGCGUGUACUGCUCCCGAUGGUGCUAUGGCAGCCCGGCCCACAAGUACGGCCUCCGCGCGACCAUGUGGAUCGUACAAGUCAACAACGAGCCGACGCCGACGCUAGAUGCGUUCAUUCGGGUCGUGGAAGGGCUGCGGAAUGGCGACAGCGUGCGCAUGAAGACGAUUUCCCUCAACACCAAGCCCAAAGUCGUGACUCUCAAGACUGACUACCAUUACUGGCCCACGGUCGAACUCAAGCGGCGAGACGAGUCGGGCGACUGGGCGUAUGUGCACCACCCGAACAAGCGCUAACGCAUUGUAACAAUGAACUUUUAGGCGACCAUUUACACCCUUGAAGAAGAGACGAAACGUACUUGUAUUUGGUUAUCGGGGAGUGUGGUUUGAGAUAAUAUAUAAUACUACGAUUAACUCGACAACGCCACCACCACCGAUGCGAUGGCCAGCACACCCGAGACCACAAUCUCCGAGGCCGAGCUGCCAACUACCACGGUCACCACCGGCACCACGGCAGUCGUCUUGAACGACGUCGUGGUUGGAGCCACCUUGGUCGAUUCGACGGGGGCGGCGGUGGUAGUCGCAGGCGCGACGGUCGUGUCUGGAGCCACCGUAGCAGGCACGGACUUGACCAAGUCAGGCACGCCAGGCACCGAGUCGGGCUUCUUGAAGCAAUCGUCGCCGGACGAGCACACUUCACACACUUGGGCGUACAGCUUUCGGCGGCAACCGUUGGUGCAUCGGUGCGAGUUUUCAUAGCACUUGGGGUUGGCGGCCGUGAGCGCGGUCAGCUCGGGCAGUGGUGUCAUUUGGGGAUCCGUCUUGGCCAGGGAUUGGUAGAACUCGAUGAGUUUGUCCGAUCGGGCGUUGUUGGCCGCGGGGUUGAGCGUGUCCUGCCAGAACGGAAGGUCCGUCUCGACACCUCCGGCCUGGCAGAAUUCCGUGCGGGUGACAUAGGGGUGGCCAGUGUUGGUGUUAUUCAAAGCGGUGAUGCCCACGAGGUCGUCGAGGUUGAGGUAGCCCAACACGGUGGCCGAAAACGUGCAUGUGACACCGUCGGGGCGAAUGCCGAACGGGCACAGGCCACCCUUCUCGGCCGCGCGACAGGCGUCCGUCUUGCCGGAGAAGCCCUUGGUGAAACACGAGUUGGGGAACGAGAACCAAAUGUUGUUGGGGUACGGCGCCUUGGGGUGGUUGGUGCGGUCUUCACCUCCGACGCACGGGCCAAUGUUGUUUUGGCCAGCCAAUCCAGCAAACUUGUUGCAAAUGUCUGGCAAGAUCGCAUACGUCGAGUUCUCCCACAUGGCCGUACACUUGCCGCCGUCAAGCGCCACAAACGGACAGUACUCGGGGUACACUCCCCAGUUGGCGUCAUACUCGGCCAACGACGCGUUGGUCUGGGCGAUCUCAAUGUCGUAGAUCCACACGUACUGAAUCUUGUUCUUGCGGUCGCAGUACGGCUUUUGGGGGCCGUCGAUGAUGCCUUCCGACUGGACGUACAUCAACGCGCCUUCCACACUCGCCGUGUUGACGCUGUCCAUGGACGCGCGCCACUUCUCCUCGAACGUGUUGCCGAAGGGAGCGACCCACUGCUUGUGCACGUCGUCGUACACGGGCUUGCCGCCCUGCACGCGGGCUUGGAUCGUGCGCACGCGGUGCAUGCCCCACGCAGACACGUGGGCAACAGCGCAGGCCGCCACCAGUAACGAAACAGUUUGCACCAUGACAAUCAAAAACUGAGGUGUUGAAGCGUCUGGGGAAC